AUGACGGUGACUGGAUAUAAGUUUCAUGUAGAAACUAGUAGGACUAAUCGUUACUCUAGUCUCUACCAUGAUUGGUUUAUCAUUGGCGUAGGUUGUUUUACAUAUUUUCUGGUUGGUCUAUCACUUACUUUAGUUUAUGUAUUAUGUGAGAUGGAUUAUUUCAUGUUAUCUGGUUUAUUUCGUAUUCAGAGAUUCUUUUCAGAUGAUGCUUAUUAUUUUAGUAAACAGGUUGUUAUAAUGUAUGGUGUGAUUGGCUUUAUAUUUACACUUGUCAUUGGACCAAUUGGUAAGAUGUCAUGUAUGGUGUGGUCUUGGAUUCUGACACUAACAUAUUUAGUAUUUGGAACAUGCUCUUUCUUGUUUGGAUUCACUCAGUAUGGUAAGUUGUUAAUUAUAUCUAUCAGCAUCAUAUCACUCAUAACACAUAUUCUGAUGUGUAACUUCAUAUUCUUCCUAUUCGAUCCAAUGACUAAUAAUAAACAGACUGAAAAUAAGUCAUCAGAUGAUAACAAUAAGAACUCUGAGAAAUCUAAGAACUCUCACGAAGCUAACAAAACCAAGAACAAUGACAAGAAUGACCAAGCUGAUCUAGCUGAAAGAGAUAAUAGAUCUAGGCACUUGAAUGCUAUUGGUCCAUAUGGUUCAUUAGUAUACUAUAGGGUCAUUAUGUUCCUGAUUGGAUUUUUUCUCGGAUCACCUAUCAUUUUAUUUGUGCUGAGGGUUAGUUUAUCUAUUGAUACAUUUUCUGAAAAGGAUCCCAUAAUGUCCUCAGUUGACAUGUGUAGAAUAAUGAUGCUAAUGUUCUCAAUAUCAGUUAUGGCCAGUAUAUUCCUUACACUUACAUUUUCAAAUGCAUCGGUAACUGAAUAUACCUUGAUGCCAUUUCGUAUGAUAUCUUUUAGAAGACUUAAGAAGACCAUGUUUAACUUCUUUGAUAUAGAGUUACUAGUUGUAGUCUGGAUCAUCAAUCCUCUAAUAAUGACCUUAAUUCCAUACACUACUAGGAUCCAUUCCGAGUUCCAUAAAUUCACACUAUUUCACAGAUUAUUAUUCUCAGUGUUUCUUAUUUCAAUAAUGAUACUGAUGCAUAGAGAUAUACUUUAUAGCUGUAUCAGGACCAUAAAAUUACUUAAUGCAUCAAUAUUCAACAUCUUAUAUACUGAUGGAUACACACAGAUAAAUGAUAAAGAUCUCAGGGAGACACCUAUAUCAACAACUCCAUAUUCUAACUACACACCUAGAUAUUCUGGAGACACACCAUCCAUGGUUCCAAAUCAGAUAUCAGUUCCAUCAGAAGUAUCAUAUCCUUACCUUAAGAAUGGCUGGGAUCCUGUUGAGAAUCAGGAUAAAAAACUCUUACUGAGAUCAUACCAAAUCCUUGUAUCACUUGAUAGACUAACACACUAUAUUAAUACUGGAGGUGACAUGGAUAUUCGUAACAUCCAUGGUGAUACAGACCUAUCAUUAUGUAAACCACAAAUAGAUACAUCAGAUGAAUCUGAUACUAAUCCUAACGAUCCAAUGAAAUCCACAGUAUACCUACUUAAUGAAUAUAAAAGUGAACUCCUGUCAAUGAUAGGUAGUUCAAUAAAUAGAUACUCAAAUGACAAACUCAUACUAAAUUAUAUUAAUUACUUUCGCUAUUUUGGUUAUUUAAAUCCCGUACCUAUUAUUAAAUAUUCAACGCUUACUAGUUCUUUUUUUUCUUUUAUCAACGAAUUGAAAUUUUCAAUACAAUUAUUUGUAUGUUCUAAUGAAGCAGAUGAAUCAUCCAUUAAUCGUUUUAACGAUGUUGAAUGUGUCUUAUCAGAACCAUCUUUGAAUAACCUUUUUGAAUUAGAUAUUGUUAAAAUUGAUAACCACUUUAAUCCAUUGGUGUGUCUUAUAAGAGCCCAAUUACUUUCGCUAAUUAAUAAAAUAUGUAAACCUAAAAUUGAACAAAUAUUAACUAAAAUUCGUACAAUGCUUUCUGUUAUUAGUAAACUUCGUUCAAAACUUAAAAUGCCCUCUAAUACUGAUUUAAAUUUGUUUAAAACAUACACAAAACUCACUAUUUUGUCACGAGAUACAGAAAUUACAAAAAAUAUUUCUACUAUCCGAAACCAAUUAAGCAAAAUUUUACAAUUUGUAUAUUUAAACGAUAUUAAAAAUCAGUUAUCUGAAAAAAAAUCGAUUGAUGAAAAUUUACAAGAGUUAAAUGAAAUAAAAACUAAAGUAGGAGAAUUAUCAAAAUCUAUAUGUGAAGUUCAACCAAAAUUAACUUGUAUAAAUACUAAUAUUCGAACUCUGUUAACAUGUAAAUCCCAAGUUAAAGCGGUUUUGAAAAAUAGUAAUAAUAGUAAUGGAAAUGAUAUUGAAAAUAAAAUUAGUCAACUAAAUGGAGAUUCUCUAGAUAUCUCACAAAUUAAAACUCAAGUAAAUAAAUUAAAAUUCAAAACCGAAUUUGGUAUAAAAAUUUUAGAACAAAUUAAAUCUGUCGUUAAACUUUUAAAACCCCUGAAGUUAUCAAUUGUGUGUGUAAUUAGAUCUUUUCUAGAAUCAUCAGUUGAAUCUACAAAAAAGACUAUCUGUAAUUUAUCCAAUGGUAUAACAGUUGAUGAUUCAGACAAUAUGUUGUCUGAUCAAUCACUUAGACCUGCCAUUGUUUUGCAGUCUAUAUCUAGAUUAUCCAAACACAUAAAUGAUUUUAUAUGGACUUUGUUUUCACACAAUUCAUUACUUGAAUCAAAGUUAUUAAUAUCAAGAAUUUAUGAAUACAUAAGAAAGUCUCAUGGAAUCUUAUUCAUUCUUGAGUCUGCUGAAUAUUGUAAAUGCCCUAAAUGCCAAGGAUUCUCUGGAUUUAAAAUUACAAACAUUACAGAAGUUAUAAAGUCUUCGACCUCUGAAAAUUUUACAAAACGUGAUGGAAACCACUUGUGUCUAUGCAAUGUGAUUAAACAUAAAUUAUAUCACAAUCUCAUUAGAUGCAUUCGAUAUAUGAUUCAUAUGGAGUUUUAUAUUCAGAGUUCUAUUUCAAGAAAAUUUGAUAAACAUACCAAUUCGCCAACAAUGGUAGUGGACAUUUUGAAGUUAAUACUAAUGAUAAUAGACUUUGUAGACGAGUUGUCACAAUUCAUUAAAAGAAAGUAUUUAAAAGAUUAUUUUGGUGAUUGCUUUUGCAGAUGUUCCUAUGAUCCUUACUAUCCUUACGUUAUAUCAAUGUUUCUUUGUGUAUCUCAACUAAUGGAGGAUGUAUUUACUUUUGACAAUGAGAAGAUUCAGAUGGCCACUCACCACAUGUCGAAGCUGAUAGCUGAAUAUCAUUCCAUGGAUUUAUACCCUCAUAAACAAAGGCUAAAAAAUUCAUCAACUAGUGAUAACCAAACGAAUAGUGUAACAUCUUUUAAUAUUGGAUAUGAAAUUAAAAUAUCAGAAGGUAGUAUAGAAUUAAAUUUAGGGUUAAGCAAAGUUUUGUUGUCAAGUUUAGAAAAAAAAUGCUUAAUUAUUCAAUCAUUUGGAUUAAUAACAACUAGACAAGUCAAUACCUCUAAAUUUACUCUAUUUUUUCAAAAAUGGUCAGAGAUAUCCUUCUCUCUCAUUAAAGAGAAGCAAGUAUCAUCGAAUACAAAAGAUCAAAUCAAGACUAUCACAACUAUUAUUUCAGAAGAAUACAUGUUGACAAUUAAAAAACAUCAAUCACAGCCAUCUUUAAAAUGUUGUAACGAAAACAAUAAGUGCAAAUGUUGUAAAAUAAUAUGUAUUUGUAUUAGGUUAUUUUCUAAUAAAUUAAAACUGAUAGCUUCACAAUUAACAGAGACAGGAAUAUUAGAUUUUAUGAAUUCAUGCUUUAAAAACUCUGAAUUAAAUCAAUUAGCAUUUGAUAAAAUAAGAAUGAUUAAUACUAGAUCUGAAAGUAUGAUUAAAUCUAGUAGGAAUUCUAGGAUCAGUGAUUCUACAAGUUCCAUGAUCUAUGGUGGUGAUUUUGAUCAUAUUAAUCCUAAAUAUUUUGGUUAUGAUGAUGUUUAUAGACCUCAUCCACAUUUUGGUUCAGGAUACUUUAAGUUUGUACUCAGCAGAGUAUUGAUUGUCAUUAUUCUGUUGUUCAUGUUCAUAUUCAUAAGGACUCGAUUUGAUAGAUUUGUCAAGCCUGAUAUCUUUGGUGCAUAUUUGAUCAAGGUAGAUUCGAACAUUAAUAGGUUUAGAGAGGUACUUCAUAAUAGACUAGGUCACAGUAUUAGGAACAUUGUUAGGAUUGGAAGUCUCGAUAGUUUAUUUGAUGAUAUUCCAGAUCCAAGUCAUCAUCUAGUAUUUGAAUAUCCUGAGUUAGCUGAUAUUCAAGAUCUUAAGUCAUGGUCUGAGAGUGAUACAAUAUCUGACACAUUCACAGAUGCUAUCUAUGAUGAGCAGAGUAGGACUGUUCAGGAGUCUAGGAGGAGAAAGGUAGCUUUCUACAUAGUCAUAGUUGUGUUCUCACUUCUAUCAUCACUUUAUUUGAACUUUGUAGUUAGGGAUCUAUCAGUGAUGUUAAACUUAGACCAUAGUACUUGGUCAUACUUCAUAUGUAUUACUAUUCUUAUGGGUAUGAUAAUAAGCCUAGUGGUUAAGUAUUGUGUUCAUCUCUAUGACUUUGUUUAUGUUUUGGAGAAGUAUAGUAAUAGGUUAACUAAGAUUGAGAGUUUUGUUGAUGAUAGUUUUGGUGGAAUCACUGGUAACCUAAGUUACACAUCCAAGUUCAUAAUUCUCUUUCAAUUACUAAGAUCUUUGAAGACUGACAUUGUAUCACUAUUCAGUAUGAAUUAUCCAUACCAUAUACCAGCUCAAAGUCUGAUGAAGAAUAAGGUAUAUCCAUACAAGGAUAUGACAUCUGAUAUGGAGAGAAUGAUGACAUGUGAGAAUAUAGAAUGUAUCAGGAGUAUGGUCCUAGAUACUAUUGGAACACCAGAAUCCAUGGAUCUACAAAAUAUACUUGAUUUUAUAUCAUAUGUAGCCAUGAGAAAUACUUCUGAGUUUGAUAAAUAUCAUGGUUACUUUAGUGGCAAUGAACGUUAUUUAGCUUGGAGACUUGGUAAACUACUAAGUCAUAACUUCUUCCUUCUAACUUAUGGAAGAUACUCAUGUAUUCUUGAGAUGGAUCAUAUUAUUAGGAAUCUACAGAUUCCCAUCACACAGUUCCAUAACUGUCAGAUGCUAUGGCAACUAUUUGGCAAUUAUGAGUCUAACCUCAUUUCACUCAAAUGUUUGGCUGAAGAAUCAAUAGGUGUACCACUUACCGGAAUUCAGAGAGAUGUUCUAAGAAACAAGUUCAAUGAGGAGUAUAUUUGUGAAUUCACCAGGUACCAGGAGUUCAUAAUGACUAAUCUUCAUAUCAAUCCUACUGAAUCUCCUGAUGAUGAAUGUAGUUGUUACUUUCCAUAUCCAGAUUUAAUUAGGUGUCCACUUGACAUAGACAAGGUGGCUAGACUUACAAGAGAAUAUUUUGGUGACACCAAUAGUAGACUCAGUUUAUCACUUCCUACAACCAACUGCAAUGUAACCAAACAACACUCAAACCAAACCACCAAGCCAUCAGCUCAGUCAUCAAGUGUUUCAGUUAUUAAGUUCUGUGAUCAUUGGUUAAAUAUGAGACUAGGCUAUUGUGAUAAUGAGGAAUGUGAGAAGGCUGUAAGAUUUGCAUACGAGUUGAUUGUGUCAAAACUAUCCAGUGACUCAGAUAUAUUUGAGUCAAUUAAGGAAACUGUAGCUAAUAUGAAAUUGAAUAUUCUGAAUACAGAAGAAGUCUAUGAGACUCCAGAAGAUAUCCACUUACCUAUAAAAUCUUCAGAACAUAGAUCACUUAAGGAUUAUACUAAUAAACUUAAUGAACUAAGAUAUAAGACUACUGAUAACUAUCAGGAUACAGUUCUUGAUUACCUAAACAGAUACAUGAUGGAGACAAUGACUAACACUGAGAAGAUUAUGGUCCCACUAGGAAUAUUCUUAUCCUGGUAUGGAUUACCAAUAUGUGAACAGCAUAUAAGAAAUAUGGGUAAAUUUCAAUAUCUCAUAUAA